AGCUACGAGCGAAACUCUCUCCCAGUCGGUGAGCAUUAGAGGCGUUAUGAUUAACAGUUUUGGUUGCUCUUCGAUUAUUGACUUGAAAGUUGUAAAUUAUCGGAGAUUUUGUUUCUUAUUUGAACUGGAGUCUUGAGUUGUGUGACUGUCUGUAACUGUAUAUAUAUAUUUUUCUGAAGGAUCCAAGUUAUUGAAUUCAAGCAUCAAUCUAAUGUGCCACUAGGGCUUUCUCCGCGAUAGAGUCUUGCUGUUGUAAUGGCGGGUUCUCGAGUUCAGGUCAACAAGGCCCAUAAGACUCGGUUUGCUUCGAAAUCAUCUCGUAACAUCCACAAAACCUCUCUCAAAGAUAAUAGCAAGAACAGAUCUGAGCGCAAUGUUGUCAAAGGUGCUCGGGCUGCUCGAAUUCAGCGCAACAAGAUGAUGAGGGAGCAGAAACGGGCUGCUCUUUUGAAAGAAAAAAGGGCCUCUAGUGGAUUGACAAGCCCUCCCCGUGUCAUUGUUCUUUUUGGCCUCUCUGCUUCUGUGAACCUAAAUUCACUUGCAGAAGAUAUUUUUGCGUUAUUAUCCGCUGAAGUUGUGUUUCCGGCUGUAGCUUCUUCCGAUUACAAGCUGAGAACUACGGUGUUGAAAGCACCUCAUGGAGAUCUAUUGUCCUGUAUCGAAAUGGCCAAGGUUGCAGAUUUGAUUGCUUUUGUGGCAUCUGCAAGCUCUUCACGUGAAGAAGGCAAUUCUGGCUUUUAUAUUGAUUCAUUUGGAUCACAAUGCCUUUCUGUGUUCCGAGCUCUUGGUUUACCAAGCACUUGUGUAUUGAUUCGUGAUCUACCUAAUGAUUUGAAAAGAAGGCACGAUGUGAAGAAGACAUGUUCUUCUAUUCUUGUUUCUGAAUUUCCCGAGGAUUGUAAAUUUUAUCCUGCAGAUACAAAAGAUGAGUUACACAAGUUCAUAUGGCUUUUCAAGGAGCAAAGGCUAACAGUGCCUCACUGGCGAAACCAGCGUCCUUACCUCAUGGCUCAAAAGGUUGAUUUGGUAACUGAUGCUUGCAAUUCGGAGAAAUGUACACUCCUCCUUACUGGUUAUUUGCAUGCUCACAGUCUCUCUGUAAACCAGCUGGUUCAUGUAUCAGGUGCCGGGGAUUUUCAGUUGCUCAAAAUUGAACUUCUCAAGGAUCCAUGUCCAUUGAGUGCAAGGAAAGUAGGGGAUCUUAUGGAUUCAGAAGAAGUACAUGAUGCGCAGGUAAUCAGGUCUUUGACCCCUGAUCCCAUGAAUCAAGAGCCUUUACUUGUUGAAAAUGUUCCAGAUCCUCUUGCAGGAGAGCAGACAUGGCCAACGGAAGCAGAAAUGGCUGAAGCUGAUAGAAACCAAAAAGAGAAAAGGAUGAGAAAGAGGUCCCUGCCUCGUGGCACUUCUGAAUAUCAGGCUGCUUGGAUUGUUGAUGAUUCAGAUUUGGAUGAAUCAGAGAGCAAUGAUGAUGCAGAUGAUGGAAUGGUGGUGGACGGAAAAGAUAAUGGUUUUCCUGGCCAAGAGUGCAAGGACAAAUUGGACCUUGAUGAUGACCAGGCUUCUCUUCAACUAAAUUUCAGGGACUCAGAUGAAGAAACUGAAGUUGAUUCAGUGAUGAUGGAAGGUGAGAACUUGACAAAAGAGCAAAUAGAGGAUGAGAUUCGCAAAAUUAAAGAAAAGCAUGCUGAAGAUGAGGAAUUUCCUGAUGAAGUGGAUACUCCAAUAGAUGUUCCCGCUCGAAGGCGUUUUGCUAAAUAUAGAGGCCUCAAGUCCUUCAGGACCUCUUCAUGGGACCCCAAAGAAUCUCUACCUCCAGAAUAUGCAAAAAUUUAUGCAUUUGAUAAUUUCACAAGAACACAGAAACAUGUCCUCGCAAAAGCUUUAGAAAUGGAGCAAGGGGGCUCAGAUGACUGCAUACCAGCAAGCUCUUAUGCAACACUUCAUGUCAAGGACGUGGCAACUGGUGUUGCUUCCAAAUUAUGCAUGCUUGCAAAAAAAAUGCCUAUUAUAGCUUGUGGCCUCUUGCAACACGAGUCUAAGAUUUCUGUUCUUCAUUUCAGUGUAAAGAAGCAUGACACAUACACUGCUCCUAUCAAAGCUAAAGAGGAACUGGUAUUUCAUGUUGGUUUCCGUCAAUAUGUCUGUAGGCCAAUAUUUUCUUCUGACAAUAUAAAUUCAGACAAGCACAAGAUGGAGAGGUUUCUUCAUGCAGGGCAGUUUUCCAUAGCUACAAUAUAUGCUCCAAUUUCUUUUCCUCCUCUUCCUUUGGUUGUUCUAAAGUGUGAGGCAGCUUCUACCUCACCUUCAGUUGCUGCUGUUGGUUCUUUACGGAGUAUCGAUCCAGAUAGGAUUAUUGCAAAGAAGAUUAUUUUAACUGGUUAUCCUCAGCGAGUAUCAAAAUUAAAAUCCACAGUAAGAUACAUGUUUCAUAAUCCAGAGGAUGUGAGAUGGUUCAAGCCUGUCGAAGUAUGGUCAAAGUGUGGUCGGCGUGGUCUCAUUAAGGAACCUGUUGGUACACAUGGAGCGAUGAAGUGUGUUUUUAAUGGGGUCCUCCAGCAGCACGAUACAGUAUGCAUGAGUUUGUUUAAGCGCAUGUAUCCUAAGUGGCCACAACAUUGGUUCCCGCUUCUUGGUGCUUGAUCAGAUGACGCCAGUGAGAAUUUGUGUCAUCAAUGGGAAUGAAGCUCUGGUUCAGAUUGGUAGUUAGAAGUUUUGUGUUUGCCAACAAACUUUACUGUUCUGUGUGAGAGAUGAGUUUUGUGUUUCUCCAACUAGCUGGGGAAGCAAAAAGUUUUGCCUGUAUAUUGCUGAAGUCAUUGUGCUAUUUUAUUGUUUUGGUACCCAACCUAUUGAUUUAUGUGAACUUUGUAAUGGAAGUUCGAAAGAAAGCAUGUAACUUGAAAAUCUUUUAGAACAAUACCUGGUUGUAGACUCUGUUUGAACUCUCAAGUUCUUACUGAGCAUAUUAUUAUGUAUCAUAUCCUUGUUUAUUGUUUG